GAGAGCAGUGUACGUACCGAAUUGAGUCGCCACAUACAUUUGACAGUUAGCCAAAAUACAUUUGAAGUUUGUUCAUCUGUACCUUUUUAUCGUCUUCUAUUGCUUAAUGCAUAUAGUACACAAGAAGAAGAGAAAAAAAAAUAAAUAUAUAUAGUGAUUUUCGUGUAUACCUUUUUGUUCGUCUACACGAAUUCAUCGCCCAAAUUAAAACCGAAUCAAAAAGAAAAAUUCACAUUUUGUGUGUUUUAUUCCGUCAAUUUUUGCGAACCAGUUUCGAAAAUAACGUGAAUACCAUUUGUUCUGAUUGAAUUGUAAAAUUUCAUCUUUGUGAACAAGGAGGAGAGCAACAAAGUAGGCAUCGUCACAACGAAUUUCUGCGUGUGUUAAACUUGUUGAACCGAAAGAGUAUUGUUUUUGUGACACCAAAAAAUAUUUCGCGAAUUUGCUUUGAAUAUUGUUCCAUUUGUUGGAAUUCAUUUGAAAUUAUCACAUAUCUUCUCCAUUGCACUGAUGUCUAUCGCUGAGUAUUGCGACGAAAUUUUAUUGUGAUCGACGCUGGACGGCAAACGUUUCGUGCAAAAUGAAUGACAUGACCGAACACAAGAGCAUGGAUUUUGAUCCAACGAACACUUUGAAGCGUUGCAACAGUACACCAAUCAUCAAUCUACCUCCCACAAACAAAGCCACUGUAUCAUCGACUGGCACACUCACCAUCAACACCAUGCAUUCAUCGUUAGCGAAUAGCCCGAAUAUUACAUCGACCACGUCUCGUUCGAGAGAUGCGUCACCAACACCAACGUACAAUAUAUUCGCACCACGAGCACGACGAUAUUCGACGGGAUUCAGCCCAUUGGCCACAAAUCCAGGUCCAUUGCCUCGAUUGACACCACGCGUUUCACAAAUACGACAGGAAGAAUGUGCCGAUGUUAACAGACGAGAAGUCAAUCACGAGCGCGAAGUUCACACCGCUUUGCAAAUCAGUCAAAGCUGGGAAGAUUUGACUUUGGAUGCAGAGCACUGGUCAUUUAAAAGUGAUACUAGCUCUGAUUUAACAAAUCCGCUACAUGUGACCCUACCAACGGGCAUCAUUAGCUGUUCUAGUCCUUCUCCAACAAGUAGUCGAGCUGGCUUGCGACUGCCCCCAUAUGUAUUGUCUCCAUCGCCAACGCGCCGCACCUUCCAAACAAGACGUUCAAUGUCUCCGAUUGCGAUGCGACCAAGCUCAUUAGGUCCAGUCAAACGCAAAUUUGAACUCGAUGACAACUACUCAAAUAGCUAUUCGCCACCUCCAUUCAAGAAGAUCUUCACUGAAAGCAGUUCACGCGGCCAUUCACCAUGUCGUUCGCCAUUGUUGUGCCCCAGCCCAGAUUCAACCGAAGGCCGAACAACGCCAAAAUUUUAUAUAUCCAAACUGUGCACAGCGAAUACAAAUUCAUCAUCAAGUCAAUCGUCGUCAUUAUCGGCUGCACCGUCGCCAAACUCAUCCAGCGCCAUGGAAAUCCCAAUGGACAUACCGAAUCUGUGUGCCAAAGCGACGGCCCAUUCAGACUUGAACAGUGAUCUCGAUUGUAGUGAUGUUGAUUUUGAUAGCGACAGUCAAAACAAGCCCACAACACAAGAUGUUGACGAAAAAUCUGCUACACAAAAACGUGAUGAGGCUUGUGAAAAGCUGAAAAAAUUGUUUUUCGCACGUGUUAGCACAGACAGCACGGAAACCGAUUGCAGUAGCAUCACCGACUUUAAGCCACAAACAACGGCCAGCGAAUCGAAUUCGCAUGUGACCGACAAUAAAUCCGAAGCGUCAAUGGAAUGUGAUUCAUCGAAAAAAACGGACGGUUUUUGUAUCGUACAAAAUCUCGUCUCAUCGACUAACGAUUUUGAGGUGAUCAACGAGAAGCAUAAUACGUUCAACAACGAUGAUGACGUCGACCAUCACAAAUCGAUUGAAUUGAUCGCAAAAUGUGUGCCAAACAAUGACUGUAUCUCAGUUUCAGUAGCAGACGUUGUUGACACAAACAUUACAUUAGAAACGGAUUCGACUGAAAACUCGACUUAGAUGUGUGCGUGUGUGAUUUCUUUUUUUUGUUAUUGAUUUUAAACUUCAAACGCAUUACUUUUAGAAUAUUACAGGCAGAGAAGAAAAUUUAUGUUUUAGCGUAUUAAUGACGUUUUUUUCAAAAGAUGGAACUUAGCACACGCGAGACAUUAUAAUCUGUUUGUCGCAUCGUUUAUGAGAUAAAUAAUUUAGGUAAAUAGAUAAAUAAAAAGUAAACUGGAGUAAAGCAUCUCAUCAUCGAUAUUGAAGCCAGCACAUACCUUGUUCGGGUGAUGCUGCGCUAUUUGCAUAUGGUCGAAAUAAUACAGAGCAAGAGAAAGAGAUAAGCAAAUGGCUUGAAUGAGAACCAAUUCAAUAGAAAUAUAUACAUAUUUAUUGUAGCACCUUACCUUAUUAUUCAAUAAAGAAGAAUAAAUAAUCGAAGCUCAAUACAAUCA